AUGUUGCGACAGACCAUCUUGUCACUUCUUGUCCUUACGACGUCGGUGCUUGCUACCUCUACCCCGUGCUCAGGACCUCGAGCUGAACCAUUAGUCAAUCCAUCAUUUGAAAACGGUUUAGAUGGUUGGACUGCGAGUAGCGGCAGCAUACUCUCUGGUGGUGCAGCUGAAGGAAACAAAUACUUUCGCGCACUCUCCAAUACCGCCAACGCCCAUGCACAAAUCCAUCAAUCCUUAAAUGGCCUAGAUACUUUUUUCCGUUAUGAUGUCUCCUUUCAAUGGCGCCUAUCUCGCGCAGCUUCCGGGGUUUUACCUAGUGUCUGUACCUUUUCGAUGUUCGCUGGCAAUCUCUUAAUCGGAACCGACUCGUUAACCCUUGGCUUUGGAACAACAUCCACACCUUGGACAUUGUCGGAAUCCACCACCACUGUGGCGACUGGGACUACAUUGUCAAUAACUUCAGAAACAACAGCUUCUACAGCAACGGAGACAUCAUCAGUAACAACUGACUGUGAAUCAGAAACCAUGACAGAAUCAACCACCACUAUGGCCACUGAAACCUCAGCGUCAGUAACAUCAGAAACAACUUCGGCAACAACUGAUUGCGAAUCAGAGACUGUAACUGAUUCAACCACAACUAUGGCCACUGAGACCUCAAUGUCUGUAACAUCAGAAACAACUUCAGCAACGACCGAUUGUGAAUCAGAGACUAUAACAGAUUCAACCACAACUAUGGCCACUGAGACCUCAAUGUCUGUAACAUCAGAAACAACUUCAGCAACGACCGAUUGUGAAUCAGAGACUAUAACAGAUUCAACCACAACUAUGGCCACUGAGACCUCAGUGUCAGUAACAUCGGAAACAACAUCAACAACCGAUUGCGAAUCAGAGACUAUAACAGGUUCAACCACAACUAUGGCCACUGAAACCUCAGUGUCAGUCACAGAGACAACUUCAGCAACAACCGAUUGUGAAUCAGAGACUGUAACUGAUUCAACCACAACUAUGGCCACUGGAACCUCAGUGUCAGUCACAGAGACAACUUCGGCAACAACCGAUUGUGAAUCAGAGACUGUAACCGAUUCAACCACAACUACGGCCACUGAAACCUCAGUGUCUGUAACAUCAGAAACAAUAUCAACAACUGAUUGUGAAUCAGAAACAAUCACAUCAGGAGCAAGUGGAACAAUGUCCUCUUCCACAACUGACAGUGUAUCGGAAACCAUGACUGAAACAACAUCAGCAUCAGAAACCACGUCCUUGACAGCAACUAUAUCAUCUGAAAGCACACUGGCAACAGUGACUGAUACAGCAUCCUCAGCAACUGCAACUGCAACCGAAACCACUCUAAUCACAUCUUCGUCUGUUGAAACAACUACCUACGGUUCAGCCUCAGUGACAGGAACUACAGGAUCUCACACAGAGAGCGAAACAGAAUCCUGUGAUUCAACUGCUUCAACUGGAACUGACAUGACCACAUCCUCUGGUUCUCUUGUGACAACAUCAUCAACCUCUCUCCCUGGCCCUGUUACAGAUACCACCACUAUUUGUGAUUCAACUGAUUUUUCAGCAUCCACAGUCCCUGUGACAUCAGGCCCAGCUAGCCAAUCUGUACCAUCAUCUCCUACGAUCCCAAGUUACACCAUAUCGACUAUAUUCACGACCCGCACAGUUACCAUUACAGCUUGUCCCACUACGAUUCAGGACUGCCCGAGCUCUUCCUAUACGACUUAUACCACAGUUGAAACGAUUCCCAUCACAACGACCUGCCCCGUUAUCACCGAUUCAUUUAUCACUGUUCCUAGUCCAGGAGAAAGCAAGCACAUUACGGAAACGUUGCCCUCGCUCCCAUCCAAAGGUACAACCGAACCUGGUUCGGAUGCAAGUGCAAGUUAUCCGGGGGUUACCCGUACAGUCAUCAUUUCGUCGUCCAGCGCUGCCGUCGAGAUUCCUCCCCCCGAAAUCCCUUCUGCCUCGACCAUGAGCCCGGGAAAUAAUACCCCUACUACAUCAAAUCCUCCUGAAAAUCCUUCAGAGCCGCAGGUGCCGUCCUCUCCACCAACCUUUGAGGGAAGCGCUCACCGAGUCCUUUCCGGAAGCAAUCUGAGUUUCCUGAUGGGUUUUGUUACCUUCGCUGUGCUAGCGUUAUAA